AUGUUACCAAGAUAUCGCCUGUUCAAACUUGUUUUGUUCCUUGUUGGAUUUCUGGUGGUCUUUUGCUUCACUUAUGUGUUGUGUCAAGAGUAUCUCACUGAGAAACUGUCAGGAAAAUCUUUUGAAUAUAGACAUCAGAUAUUCCUUGGUAUCUCUGCUGCAAUUGGUCUUCUUGCUGGAUUGCUGACAGUUUGUAUUUUCUAUGUUGGAUUAUUUGUUCUUGGUGCAACCAUGGGAUGGUUUGUUGGCCUGGCAUUUCUCCCCCUUCUCUACAAGCAUUCAGAGUACCUGUCUGAACACAACUGGCUGCCUUAUGUCAUUCUCUGUGCAUUCGCCAUUGUGGGAGGAAUUCUUAUUCUCUGUAUACAGAAGGUAAUAAUUGUCAUCUCUACAUCCUUUUCGGGAGCCUUUUGGUGUGUCAAUGGCAUUGAUUACUAUGUGGAAAAUGGCAGAGUGCUGUAUUACUCAGUCAGUGUUUUGUAUGGUCAUUACACAAAGUCUACCUUGCCUCACUGCUGGUAUACCUGGCUGAUUUUAUGUCUUAUCCCAGUCAUGUUCAUAGCUGGCUUGGUUGUGCAAUUUUGUAAGACUUCAAAGAACAGUGAUCAUAGAGAAGCUUAUGGCAGGGGUUCAAGGAAUCUUUACACAGCAACUCCGAUGCAAGACUUCUCUGACCAGCGGCCUAUUUUGACAGACUAUGAGUAAACAGUACUCAAGAAGCAAAGGAAACCAAGAAUUCUUAGUUGUAGAAUCCUUUAUUUUCACUAUCUUGGUGAAAAUAUGUAAGGUGUUUCU